AUGACAUCUAUUCAGGAAGCAAAGGCAACCAUGAGCAACCUGGAUCUGAAAACCCUGCCUUCGUCGUCUCCCACCUGCUCAGACACUGGCUCUACUACUGAAGGGACGGCAGUCACGGUCGACGAGAAGGCUAGCAAUGUUCUGAAUUCCACCCAAGAAGCUAGUGAUGCCAACGAAGCCGGCAACGCAGAUGAUGUUGACGACGCAGAUGUUGAAUAUCCAAAAGGUCUUAGGCUGGCGUUGAUCAUUCUUGGGCUCGCCAUGGCUGUAUUCCUCGUCUUCUUGGACAUGACCCUGAUUGCAACCGCCAUUCCUGCCAUCACCAAUCAGUUCAAUUCUUUGCAGCAUGUCGGAUGGUAUGGCUCCGCCUACAUGCUCAGUCUUUGCUCUUUUCAACUGGUCUACGGGAAGUGCUUUGAACUCUUCUCGCUCAAAUGGACGUUCAUGGUGGCUAUCGCUUUCAGGGAAGUCGGCCUCGCAGUCUGUGGGAGCGCGCCAAACUCCAUCGCCUUCAUUGUCGGUCGGGCCAUCACCGGUAUUGGAUGUAGUGGCAUCAUUAUUGGUGCAUGGGUUGUUCUUGCUCAUUGUGUGCCUAUCCGGAAACGCGCCGUCUACACUGGGUUCCUCGGCGCUUUUUCCGGAGUGGGUGGCAUCAUUGGACCGCUGAUUUCUGGAGCUUUGACUGAUAGCCACCUUUCCUGGAGGUGGGCUUUCUACGUCAGCAUUCCGAUUGGAGUCGCCACGAUGGCACUGAUCUGGUUCUGCUUCAGGCCCCCCCAACAACCUGAACAAGACAAGAACAAAACCCUCAAGCAGAAACUCAUGGAGUUCGAUGUACUCGGACUCUCCAUCUUCUUCGCCUGCAUGAUCUGCUUGCUGCUGGCUCUUCAGUGGGGCGGCUCAGAGUAUGCGUGGAACAGCGGCCCCAUGAUCGCGCUCCUCGUGGCUUUUGGCGUUCUUCUUGCCUGUUUCAUCGGCGUGCAGACUUGGAAGGGAGAUCAAGCAGCUCUGCCUCCACGCCUCAUGAGGAUGCGCAACGUCGCUUUCGCUUGCUUAUAUGCUGCUUGUAUCGACGCAGCCUACUAUACAGCAGACAUUUGGCUCCCAAUUUGGUUUCAGGCCAUCAAGGGCGAGUCUGCCAGAGAAUCUGGAAUCAAGCUCGUCCCUUAUGUCGGCGGCGAGGUUGUUGCCGCUUUGACAGCCGGCUAUUUGGUCACCUUUACUGGAUGGUACAACCCCUUCAUGCUCAUUGCCACAAUUCUAGGAUCCGUAGGCCUGGGACUGAUGACAACUUUCGAAAUCGAUACCGGUCCCAGGGAAUGGAUUACAUAUCCCAUUAUAGCCGGAGUUGGUGUUGGGCUAGGAUCGCAGCAGCCGAUGAUGGGUGUGCAAUCAACUCUCGGCCUCUCCGACAUCCCAGCAGCCACCGCUGCUGUCACAUUGUUCCAGAACCUCGGGCCGGCUAUUCUCAUGUCUGUCGCCAACACCGUUUUUGCAAAUGGUUUAACAAAACACCUCCACGUUACAGGUGGACUAAGCGGGCAGACGAUUGCAGAUAUGGGAGCUACCAACCUCAAAACAAUGAUCCCUGAAGAUCUGCUGCCCGCCGUCAUCGAGGCUUAUAAUAAAGCACUCAGAGAAACUUUUAGGGUACCUAUGGCUGUCGCUGUCAUCUCUAUCGUGGGCGUUGUGGGUAUGAAAUGGGAAAAGUUGCCUGCUUGA